AAAUCGUUCCUUAUAUUUCUGAGAACAGUGUGAGAUAAGAAGAAGACAGAGAACUAGAAGAAAAAGAAGAAGAAGAAGAAGAAGAGGAGUCGUGAAAUCCAUUGGCAGUCUCCGAGAGUAGGCAGCUCGAUUUUAGUGCCCUCCGGAAAUUUGCACGAGCCUGGACCAAGAUCUGUGAUAGCAAGUGGUGCCAAGUUCGGAAGAGAAGAGAUCGAGAUAAUGACAGUGAUGGUGGAGUCCGUGAAAGCCGAGGAGGGCGAUCGUCCGAAGAUCGAGACCUUCGACGACAUCCUACCGUACGUCGGCGAGGCCGGUCGCUACCAAUGGUUGCUCUUCGUCGUGCUCCUGCCCUUCACCUUCGUCUACGCGUUCCUCUACUUCACGCAAUUCUUCAUCACGCUGCUGCCCGCCGAACACUGGUGCACCGUGCCAGAACUCAGCCAUUGGGACCUCACGGACGAAGAAAAGAUCGCGAUAUCGAUACCUGCAGCAUCGUCGGAGGAGUUGAAGAUGGAGGGUGCGACUGCGUUUUCGCGAUGCAACAUGUACGAUGUGAACUAUACCGAAAUAAUGGAGCAAGGUAUCAGGUCGGCAGAUCCAUCCUGGCCAAUCAAACCGUGUCAAUACGGCUGGAGCUUCAAUCACACGGUGAUACCGUACAAAUCCAUAGCUGUGGAGCUGGAAUGGGUCUGCGACAACACGUUCCUCAGCUCAGCAGCCCAGUCGGCCUUCUUCGUGGGCAGCAUGCUCGGGGGCUUGAUAUUCGGCUACAUAGCUGACCAUUAUGGCAGAAUUCCAGCGUUGAUCGCGUGCAACACCGUCGGCUUCGUUGCAUCUGUCGGCACCGCGUUCUGCAACAGCUUCUGGAGCUUCUGCUUGGCCAGAUUGGUGGUCGGCACGUCGUUUGACAACUGCUUCAACGUGCUUUUCAUCAUAGUGAUCGAGUAUGUUGGUCCAAAAUAUCGAACUCUGAUGGCGAACAUGUCGUUUGGGCUGUAUUUCGCGACAGCCUCGAGUAUUUUGCCAUGGAUCGCCUAUUGGAUCUCGGACUGGAGAAUCCUCAGCAUGGUCACCGCGUGCCCCAUGGUGGUCGCGUUCAUAGUACCAUGGAUCGUCCCUGAAAGUGCACGAUGGUAUAUCACUAGUGGAAGGGUGGACAAAGCGAUCGAGAUGUUGAAGAAAUUCGCGAAAGUAAAUGGCAAGGAGGUGAAGCAGGAGGUAUUCGACGAAUUUGAAAAAAGUUGCAGAAUGCAGAACGAGAAGGAUCAGUCGCAUAAUCAGUACACCGUCCUGCAUCUCUUCAAGAUGCCACGACUCAGUCGUAUCACUCUCAUGCUCAUAGUUUACUGGCUGCUGAUGGUGUGGGUGUUCGACGGCCACGUUUGGAACAUGAAACUUUUAGACCCUGACGUUUUCAUGUCCUUCUCUCUGGCCUCCCUUACCGAACUUCCGGCCGCGAUUCUACUCGCCCUCUUCCUCGACAGAUGGGGCAGACGAUGGAUGGGUUUCGCAUCGAUGUUCCUCUGUGGCAUUUUCUCCUUUGUUGCUCUCGCCACCCCUAAUGGUCCACCAACGGUCGCCAUGGCAAUCGUGGCUCGUCUUGGAGUGAAUAUCGCGGCGAAUAUCGGUUUCCAAUACGCUGCGGAAAUGCUGCCGACCGUGGUGCGAGCCCAGGGUGUGUCUUUGAUCCAUAUCAUCGGCUACGUAGCUCAUAUUUUGGGACCGUACAUUGUUUACUUGGCUGACGUUGACGCGGCUUUGCCUCUCGUUGUCCUCGGCUUGCUGUCCUUUGGACACGCCUUCCUGACACUCGGAUUACCGGAAACGCUGAACCAGGAUCUUCCAGAAACACUUCAGGAAGGUAACGACUUUGGCAAAGAGCAAAGUUUCUGGUGGGUCCCGUGUAUAUCCUCGAGCAAGAUGCUGAAGAAGUCUUACAGAAAGAAGAAAGGCCUGUCGAAUCCAGCCUUCGCUGGCAGUGUUCAAAAGAUCGACUGCACUAGAUUAUAGCGGCUUAUCGGUCGCGUGAAACUUGCCAAAUCCUUUGUAAAUAUAGUUGUUAAACGUGCGAGUGUGAUGUUAGACGUUAAGCUAUCGCGAACGUGCUGAGAACUGUCGAGAGACGUAGGAAGAAGCGCGAAGCCGACGCAGUGCAGUGAAAGAGACAAGAUGCGUCGAAAUCCGCCAUUGUACGAUUGAUCGAUUGAAGAAAAGCGUGCUAUGCUUCCCGUGCAAGCGUACAAUCGAUUUCGGUAUUAAACGCGUGUGCUGAAUCAGUGUCUUCCUGUCAUCGUAGUAUUUAUACCGCUUCCGUUUCAAAAUUAACACUAGAAUUACCAAACAAAUCAAAAUCACUCGUCCCACAAGAUUUCUGCACUUUUUCCAAAAAUAUCCGACUGCUUUGACAAAACCGCUCUCGAUUUUCCUGCAAAUUGAAUUACAACUGCGUUUACGUUUUCAUUUUUAUUGUAGCACUUUCAUCAACCCA